AUGUACGGAAGCCGUGAGCGCACUACCGUAUCGCGCGAUGCAACGGCGCUUCCAACUCCAGCGCAGCCGCGACGCAUCUCGUGCAGAAAUAUGUGGCGUGCCACAUCACUCCCCUACCGAGACCGGUUCACGGUCGAUAGUAUUUUGGAAAAUGUACCGUUCUUCCGCUUCUCGUCUUUUUUUCAGUUUGCUGAGGUGAAGGGGGUGGUAGCUCGGGUGCGG